AUGGCCCUCGCGCCCCAAUCCCGUGCGGGUGAACAGAGCGAGCCGCAGCGGACGCCUCGUCGUCCCUUUCCCCGCAGCAGCCCGCGCCCCGACAGGCUCCUGCCUUCGGUCCGCCGCCCUUCCGUCCCCACCCUGGGCGCUCUCCGCCCCAGCCCCCACCGCCGAGCCGCCUUCCCGGCUCCUCCACUAGGUGUGGCGGAGGCGGCAGCGUCUCUGGCGGCUGAGAACGAGGCCGCUUCCCCGCAGCCCCGGACGAGCGCUCGGUCACCUGAUCUGCCGCGCAGGCGCCCUCGCCAGGCCGGACGGGGAACUGCGCCUGGGGGGCGGGGCCAAAGCCCGCCUCGCCAGGCCUCGCUGCAGCCGCCGCUUGGGAUGCGGCUCCGGCUCCACACCAGACCCGACCCGGCCUGGCCCGCCCACUGUCCGGGGAGCCUCAGCCCGACCUGCUGA